AUGAAAGUCUUUUGGAUCUUGCGCUUGGCUUUAUCUCUCCCCAGUCUUGUGGUCGCGGGCGGUGACCAUUCCUGGACCGGCUGGGGAGCGUCACACCUGAACAACCACUGGGCAGAGGGGAACCGCGACCUUGACUCGAGGAGCGUCACGUCUCUAUCACUGCACUGCAGGAUCCCCAACCCGGUCGGCCAGAGCGCGGUACCCUCCAUCAGGGGCAACAUUGCCUACUACCCGACAUACAACGGUUCCCUCAUCGCCCUCAACUACAAGACCUGCGAGGUGAAAUGGAAUCUCAACGUCACACAAGUUGUCGCCGACUACGCGCCCAUCACAUCCCUGCAGCUGACCGUAGCCCUCGCCGCAUCGAGAACAUCACCGCAGAUCGACACCGACAACAACAUCCUCUUCUUCGGCACGCAGAUCCACGCGCUCAUCGUGGCCGCCGACCUGGACACGGGAGCCGUCCUCGGCGUGCAGCAAGCCAACCCGCACGAACUAGCCCUGAUCACCUCCAGCCCGACCCUCCACGACAACACGCUCUUCGUCGGCGUGUCCAGCGCCGAGGAGAACGCCGGCUACUUCACCAACGGCAGCUACCCGUGCUGCACCUUCAUCGGCAACGCCGCCGCCUUCCGCUUCUCCCCCUCCACAAACAAAUUCACCACCCUCUGGAACGUCACCACCAUCCCCCCCAACCUCCCCACCCCCUCCGGACCAGAAAACCCCCUCCGCUGGUCAGGCGCCGGCAUCUGGGGCAGCCAACCCUCCAUCGACACGGCCCGCAACCAAGUGUUUUUCGCCACGGGCAACGCCUACACCGUGCCCGAGGCCUUCUUCCACUGCGCCGAGGCCGAUGCCAGCAAGCACUGUUUCCCCUCGUACAUCUGGCAGGAGUCGGUGUUUGCGCUGGACACGCGCUCGGGGAGGGCGAACUGGGUGCGCCGGCUGGACUCGCUCGAUGCGUGGACGCUGGUGUGCGGGACCAGGGAUCUGCCGAGGAAUGAGACGCUUUGUCCGUUUACGCCGGGGCCGGAUGCGGAUUUUGGGAUGGCGCCUACGCUGGUGAGGGGGGCGGCGGGGGUUGGUGGGGGUUUGGUAGGUGCUGGGAUGGGGCCGAGGGGGAGGGAUUUGUUGGCCGUGGGGCAGAAGUCGGGGGUGUUGUAUGGGUUGGCGGCCGAUACGGGCGCCGUGCUGUGGUCGGUGCUGACGAGCCCCGGGGAUACGCUCGCCGGUCUGUCGUGGGGGGUGGCGGCGGAUGAUGAGAAGGUGUAUUAUACGGGGAUCAAUAGCGGGCGGCAGGAGUGGUUGCUGCAGCCGGAGAACGUGACGGCGGUGAAUAAUAGUGUCAUUGGGGCGGCAUCUGCGAGGGAUGGGGCGUUGUUGUGGCAGUAUGCUGAGACCGGGGAGACAGUGUGGAGUUAUGAACUGGAUGGCGGUUUUCAGGGAGGAAUCGCCGUCGAGGGGAAGUAUGUGUUUGUCGGAACGGGAUAUAAGGAGACGGAGGGCGGUGCUUUCUAUGUGUUCAAGGCAAAGUAG